AUGGUUAUAACAAUCACGUACCAUGAUAAGCCAGGUGAAAUUCUCUACAGCUUUUCAAAAGUGGGUGAUAAUGUUUGUAUUGGUCGGGAUAAGCGCCAGUGUAAAAUUGCGCUUGGGGUAAAUGCGCAAGGAGUCAGUCGAGUUCACUUAAAACUUGAGUUGCUGUCAAACGAUCGCUUACUUGCUCGAGACACAAGUACUUAUGGUACUGGUUACGAUGGUGGACCGUUAGUAGUGGAGAAAGAAAAAGAAUUGAAACCCCCCGCCAUUCUACAGAUCGGCAUUUUCUUUUUUGUCAUCAAGGAGAGCGUUAAACAGAACUGUGAAGAAGAGACCAUUGCAAAUCCAUUUUUGAGAAUUGCAAGAAUUAAUUCACGGAAGAGAUUAGCGUCAAACAAAGCAGAAGUAGUAGUGGGGGAGAAAUAUGUCACUGAAAAAAUGCGAGUGAUGGACGGUAUAGUUGAGAAGUUGGCUCCUGGAACGAAUGAUUCAGAAAAAGAAGUUGCUAGAAAUAGUAUUCUUCAUCCUAAGAUACAAGACGAAUUUGAUGCGCAUACAAGUUCAAACUUAAGUGCAAAUGAGGCUUGGGUACAAGAACAAGACAGGAAAUUGGUUGCAAAACUGGGAAAGGAAGAGAAAGAGAAAAUGGAUAGUGUAAAACUCGCUUAUUAUCGAAGAAUUGCUGAUUUUCUACCUUCGGAUGACGAAGAUGAACGAGAAAGUGGACAAAACAAAUCAAAAACAUCUAUGUUCACAAUGGCUGAUUCUUGUCAAAAUGUAGGUUCGGCUACAGGCGUAUCAUGGCAAUAUGAUUCAAGUAAGGAUGAAUUUAAAGUUAUAGCCGAUAUGUGUUGUGGUUCUAAUUUUUAUAAAUUAGCUACAACUCCUUCAAUUCCAGGUAACAAAAACACCUAUGAUACGGUUCGGAUGCGACGUAGUAGUACUUCAGAGAAAGCUGAUGGAUUGUUUAAGGAAGUUACAUCAAUGAAAAUUAUGCCUGAAAAUGCAAUGAACGAUUCUAUACUUGUUGGAACUAAAAGGAAUGAAAUACUGGAUGAUACUGAUAGAGAAAAAUCUAAAUCUCUAUUCAACAGCACUCAAUUUUCAUCUUCCCGACAGAAACUUAAAAAAAGUGUAAAUGAAAUGUCAGCUAUCGAAAAGAAUAAUACCGCAGUUUCUCAUGCUGGACAAUUUAACCAUUUGGAAUCUCAAAAUGUGAGUAAGAAAUUUCGUGAUCCUCCACGCAAAACGGUGUUGAAGAAAAAAGAUCCAAAACUGCUUAAGAUUGUUGGCAAACAGAGUACCAUUGCUACUGGAUUAACUUCUUGGCUCGGUCUAAAUACUGUCAAAAAACGAAGCAGUCAACUUGGGAAUGAAAGUAAUACGGAUGAAAUGGUGAUAUCCUCUAAACGGGUGAAAAUAGAAGUAAUGGAAAAUGAAAACAAAAAAGAAGAAUCGGAAAAAAAUGUAAACUCAAUUGAAAAUAGAACAGAUUAUGAAGCAAAUACUGAUAAAAAUGAUCAAAUCCUCGGGAUGGAUAUUGAAGUUUUGCGUAUGAAGUUGAACAAAGCAGUGCAGUAUAAGAAUCUGGAAAGGCCAGUUCAGGCGAAAGACGGAUCACAGUCUGACGUGACCGAUCAUUGGCAAGAAUAUAACUACAAACGUUUUAGAAAAGCUGCGCAGGGAUCACAUGGUGGAUGUGGAUUAUUACAUUCUUCGAUGACGCGAAUUGUGGGUGUUGCUGAUCUGAUCGAUUUCAAAGAAAUUGCUUGA